AUGGAGGCCAUUCGGAAAGCCCUUGUCAAUUCACGUUUUACACGCUGGAUCCUGGGGCUCGCACGCUUCAAGUUUCGACUUUUCUCAUGGCUGUGGACUCCUCGACAUGGACAGGAUGCUAAUAAUCAAAUCAAGUCCCCUCGGCCUCCCAGUAAUGGCUUGCAUGGCCUGAACACUGACGUUUUCUCGGAUAUUUUUGCGCUACUGAAUGGCCAGGAUCGACGCGCAUUAGCCACUGCUUCACCCCAGCUGCGCUCCUUGUUCAUGCCACUUUUAUUCCGUCGCAUAUGCUGGCAGCCCUUGUCUGCGCGCGGGUUUCCGCCUCCAACCCUGUGGUCAUACAUACGUAUCUUUACUGUGCAAGGACGCAGCGGAUUCUCCGGGUUCCAACAACCGACGCCUGCCGUGGACUACACGAAGGAACUCCAAGCCCAAAUCACUUCACAGCUCAAUGAGGCUCUUCCUUCGAUGGCGAGUCUGGAUGAGGUCCGCCUCUAUAAUAUCCCAUUCGGCCCAUGGACAGAAUUCAUUGAAUCGGUGCUUUUGACUUCAAGUGUCAAGCGACUGUUCCUGGCAUCAGACCCUUGCGAAAACCCAAGUGAGGUGUCGCUAUCGACUGUCUCUCGACUUUCGCACGUCUCGUACAACAUGCACCGACCUUUACGACGCAAUCCUGGUCCUGCUUACAUGCGCUCUUACGGUUUCUACCAUGAAGCAGACUUUCGAUACCCUGCGGAUCUUGCCGCAAGCGAAGGACGGCUGGCGCGCGCAUGGCUAAAUCCCAAAACUCUCGAAAGCUUGUCGAUGCCUGGGGAAUUCGUGCUCGAAGCGUUGGAUCUCACUGUUCGCUGGGAGUUGAUGAAGGAGCUCCAUCUCGAAGGUGUUUUCCCCCUCAGCCCCAAAGGGACAUCGGCAAUGCUCGAUGUUUUAUGUGCCAUGCCACGUUUACGAGUUGCCCGUCUCAAGCUCGAACAAUGCAGUCAGGAUACCGAAUGUCGUGAAUAUGUCACGCAAGAUGCAUUGACAAGAUUCGCCCACAACAAGAGUCUGCUUCCUGAUCUGGUGCAUUUCGAAGCCCCGAUCUCUGCCAAUGAUCACAUUCUUAGUGUCCUUCCUCCCACAUUGGAAACAUUACUUCUCAUCGCAUAUCCCCUCAAUGCGACGACUCAAUUCAAACCGCUUGGCAUCCCUGCUUCUGCUUUACUCCGCUUGCUCUCUGCCGCAGAAUUUCCGACCCUUCGUUCACUGGAGCUAUCUUAUUCGACCAAAGCCGACGGAGAACUUUUGGCCGAGGAGGAACUACUCCAGGCCAUUCCUCGAAUCUUUCCUGCUUUACAACACCUUAUGGUUCGACGAGAUGCCCAGCGGGACGGUCCGGACGGUGUCCAUUUUGCAUUAGGGUGGGACCCAACUAGUCAUUUUGAAACUCUCGUUUCAAAGCUUGCACAUCUCGAAACGUUUUCAUUCGACGCUGAUAUUCCUGGUACCCAGGAAGCAGACAUCCUGCCUGCUCGCCAUGGUUUUGUUAACUUCGCUCCCGCUAGCGAAUACACGGUCCAGCUGGUCACUAGUAUAGCAGAACACCGAGCGCGUCCUUCCAAGCUUCACAAGAUUUCAUCGUAUAAGUGCACUGGUGGUGUGGUAUCUGCAUACCCCUGGGGACCGUGGUUGAUUUGGGAUAUUUUACAAGUGGGGUUUGACCCGGAUGGAAACCCCGAAUACGAAGUCCGUAGACGCGAGCCCCCUCCUCCUCAAUUUGAUUCAAGAUCACUCGGUAUACCCUGGCGCCCUAUCAAUAUGGUGUAA